AUGGGGAACAACUUCUCCAGCAUCCCAGCACUGCCCAGGGGCAAUCCUAACCGGUUCCACAGGGUCCAUCAUCAGCAUCUCAAAGAUUCCAUAGGUGGACCCUUUCCUGCUUCCUCUCACCGAUGUCACCACAAGCAAAAGCACUGUCUGCCCAUCCCACAGUGUGGAGCCCUGUCAAUCAGCCCACUGCUAUUCCACCCCCACACCAAGGGGUCACAGAUCAUAAUGGACACCACGCAGAAGGCGGUGAAGCGCCAGGCAAGCUUCUGCAAUGCCAUCACCUUCAGCAACAGGCCCAUUGUCAUCUAUGAACAAGUCAGGCUCAAGAUCACAAAGAAGCAGUGCUGUUGGAGCGGGGCUCUUCGACUUGGAUUUACCUCUAAGGAUCCCUCUAGGAUUAACCCAGAAACCCUGCCCAAGUAUGCAUGUCCAGACCUAGUUUCUCAGAGUGGAUUCUGGGCCAAGGCCCUCCCAGAAGAGUUUGCAAAUGAAGGAAACAUCAUAGCAUUCUGGGUGGACAAAAAGGGACGUGUAUUUUAUCGGGUUAAUGACUCUGCUGCCAUGUUAUUCUUCAGUGGGGUAAGGACCACUGAACCACUGUGGGCUUUGAUUGAUGUCUAUGGACUCACACGUGGAGUGCAACUACUAGAUAGCGAAAUUAUUCCUCCUGAUUGCCUCCGUCCAAGGUCCUUCACAGCAAUCCGUCGACCUUCAUUGCGCAGAGAGACGGAGGACACCCGGCUGUCUGUGAGCCUUUGUGACCUCAACCUCCAGGAGGAGAACUUCCAUGUCAUGGCAGCCAUGUGUCCCAUCCCACAGAACUCCCUCAACUCCCAGCAUUCCCACCUCCUCCCAUCCCAGCUUGAAAGUGACCUCCGCUUCCAUCAGCUCAGGGGAGCCCAUAUUAAAAUUCUGGAUGACCAGACCGUGGCCCGACUGGAGCAUGCUCGGGAAGAGAGAACUUUGGUUUUCACUAGCAGGCCACUUAGAAUCAAUGAGACUAUCUUUGUCAAAAUUAACAAAUCCAACACCUCACGUACUGGGACGCUGUCUUAUGGAGUAACCACUUGUGACCCAAGCACUCUGAGGCCCAGUGACCUUCCUUAUAAUCCGGAAUCCUUAGUUGAUCGAAAAGAGUUCUGGGCAGUUUGUAGAGUGCUUGUGCCUCUCCAGAGUGGAGAUAUUUUGGGAUUCAUGGUGAAUUCAGAAGGUGAACUGCACUUGAGCCACAAUGGAGCAAAUGCUGGCAUGCAGGUGUGCGUGGACUGUUCUCAACCACUGUGGAUGUUCUUUGGUUUACAUGGAGCAGUGAUGCAAAUCCGUGUCCUUGGUUCUACUCUCAUGACUGAGCGACUGGGCCCAUCUGCUCCAAGCUCACCCACCUCAUCUCCAAACUCACCCUCCGUCCUCUGCAGUGGUGUUUCCGAUCCCAUUCUGAGUACAUGCAGUUCUGGCCUGCUUGGCAGCUCAGUUAGCGGCACAGCUCCAAACUCGCCCGUCAGCAUGCCAGAAUCCCCUCUUUCCCCCUCCAUCUCAGGGUCCUGGAAUGAUGAGUGCACCAUCUGCUACGAGAACAUGGUGGACACCGUGAUUUACUCCUGUGGACAUAUGUGCCUGUGCUUCACAUGUGGGCUCAAACUCAAGAAGAUGGCCAACGCCUGUUGUCCUAUUUGCAGGCGGGCCAUCAAGGACAUCAUCAAGACCUAUCGCAGCACUUAGAGUAGCAUGGCAGGAAAGAUAGGGCUGGAGGGAAGAUCUUGAUGAACCUAACCAGACUGGGAGGGGGUGCGGGUUGAAUAUUCUACUUGCCAGUUUCUCUAACCUUUGAUAUGUAGUUAAUUCUGAAUGUUGCUACCUGUGGGUGAACCCAGAAACUUGAGGGCUAAGAUUUCCUCCUUCCUUGGCAUCUACAUAGCAGAGUUCCUCCCAACCCUUACCUAUAUGGCCUGGCUCUUGCUCCUGCACUUUUCCAGUCCUUUCCCCACAACUUGGAAGCUACAAGGACUGAAUGAGGAAGGGAUUCUAAUUAAUCAGAUUUCCUUAGGCAUGUUAGCAGUUCUGUUAUGUGCUUGAAUUCAGAAUUUGGGAAGUGAGUAGAGUAGGAAACGAAUAAGUCACUAGAGCACUGAAACCACAACGGCGAGGGUCAGAAAGAAAAUAGUCUUUCCAGUUGAGGUGCCUGUAAAACCUAAGAAGAACAGGCCCUGACCUGCCCGAUGGCAUGCUGCACAUGCUGCUGCUAAAGGAGGCUAUCUUGGGUGCUUCUUCCCUGUCCUGUGCUGUGCAUGGGAGGCCUGCUGUGAAUUGAUGCCCAUCACAUUCUGUUUUCUACCAAUGCUGUCUUCCUGUCCUGAAGUCUGCUUGGUCCGCCCUUGGCAUCAGCAAUUCAGAUUGCUA